UUUAAGUGGAAAAACUGAUACGCGUUUUCGUAGCGCGCGCCACCCCUCUGGGGCGGGGAGCGCGAGGGGGUCGAGGGGGUCGCGAGGGGCGGACGGGGGCGCGCACUGGCCCCAGUGCCCCCCGGACGCAGUGGCGGCGCGACGCCUCCCUGACGCCUGCACCCGAACAUGCGGCGUUGACCCUGUCUCCCGCCACCCGACAACUACCGCCGUAUACAUGGACAACUCUUGCCUCCUUGACCUCCUCAUCAGGUGCUUCGCUAUGACCGAGCCCGAGGACCUCAACUUCACAGCAUUCACAGACCUAUGUCGGUUGUGCUCGUUGAAGAGCGGUCCGAGGCUCCACAUAUUCGAUAAGGAGUCGGAACAAAGGCAGAUCCUAUUCAAACUCAGGACCUGCUUACCGACUAUGCAGAUAUCGAAAGACGACUUCCUCCCGAAAAAGAUCUGCGAGCGAUGCGUCACAAGACUGGAGCAGCUGUAUGAGUGGAGACAGAGUUGCUUGAAUACGGAUUCUGUACUAAGAAACUAUGCGGAGUCAAUGCGGAUCGUCACUUCUACAAUCAAUUUUCAAGAUGGCACUGUGAAUAUGGAUAAAAUGACGGAAGCUCAGAAAACGGCGUACCUUGAAGCUCACGUGGCUGUCCAACAGCAUAUGGCUCAGGCUGCUGCUGCAGCACGACGCGAACAACAACAGCAGCAGCAGCAGCAGCAACAACAACAGCAGCAACAGCAACAACAACAGCAGCAGCAACAACAACAGCAGCAGCAACAACAACAACAGCAGCAACAACAACAACAACAGCAGCAGCAGCAACAGCAUUACGCCACUAUCAAUUCACCGAUCAAGGUCCCACAAGUUAGCUCAAGUACUGGCGGACCUGACAGUACUUUUACCGUACCUGAUGAUGUUGGUAUGGGCUUCGAAGGAGGAGUUCGGGUAUUGCAAAGCUUGGGUAAUUGGUCACCAGAAGUAACAAAUAAUAUUCCGAGACCUAAUUUAAUACCAUUCACGGAACCGUAUGCAGAAGGAGGCUCUAUGCACCCCGGUACUAGGCUAAAGGUUUUACAAGGGACGACCGUUAGAAAACAUCCCGCUAUUAAAGCGACUAGUUCUACUACUGAAGGAACGAAAGCUUUUGAAUGCACCGUUUGCGGUAAAGGCUUAGCACGCAAAGACAAGCUCACAAUUCAUAUGAGGAUACACACGGGAGAGAAACCUUACGUUUGUGAAGUUUGUAACAAGGCUUUCGCACGUCGGGAUAAACUAGUGCUACAUAUGAAUAAAUUAAAACAUAUAACACCUUCUAACAUUGCUCCUUUGGGGAAAAGAACCAUUACGAUACCACAAAUCAAUAGAACCGAGGAUUCUCAACCAGAGUACUUUGCAGCAUUGAAGUUAGACGAUGUUAAGCCUCAACUACCGAAGCAGGAAGAUACGAAGCCAAGCCAGGCAGAGAUUGCGGCGGUGGCUCAACAACAGCAGCAACAGCAGCAUUCCCAUCAGCAGCCGAUACAGGUGUGCCAGGUACCUGGACACAACUUUACGAACACCAAUUUGGUGCACACGAGUGCCACAACGGCGGCAGUGGCGGCCGCUACGGCUGGAAUGGUGGUCUCGUGGUCCUGUGAGCUUUGCGGCAGACUGUUCGCAACCAGAGACGAAUGGAGUGCACACGCAAAGUCCCAUUUACCUGAUACGAAGUUAUUGCAAGACAAGAUGCAACAGGCAACGCAACAUCAGCAACAAGAAAAGGUUCAUUUAUCGAACCAAGAGAAACUUCAGCUUCUACACCAUCACAAUCAGAACCAGCAGAUACUAAAUAGCCACGGCAUCGCGACAGCGACCGUCUCCACCGCGACCGUCGUCAACGAGACUGGGGGAGGCGGAGGAGGGGGAACUUACUUCACUCACGGUCACACACACUACGCUCCAGAACGAACACAACACACACACGCACACCAUUUAUGUCUCAUGUGUAGACAAGAGUUCGCCGGUAAAGCUGAGUUCAUGUUCCACGUACGCGGCCAUUUUGAAGGUAAAGUGAGUGACAUAGCCGCGGCUGAUGCUUUAGCGAGAUCCCUGGUCGACAAUUCGGGACUGUGUACCUGAGCCGCGCCGGCGCCCAAUAGCGCAUUUCAAUCGGAUGCCUGCGUUAAGGGCGUGUUUCAAGAGGAAUCUGUAAUAUUAAAAUUUUAACACAAACUAACGCCAAAUAAUGUUUAAUACGAGAUAAGAAUUCGAUUUUAAAGGAUCUGGUAUGAAUUUCGAGCUCAUCAUCUCAGCCUGUCUACUGUCCACUGCUGAACCUAGGCCUCUCCAACUGAUGUCCAGUGCGGCCGGUCCGUUGCCACCUGCAUCCAACGUGACCCAGCCAUUUUCGAAUUUCGAGCUGUUUUAUAGUAAUUGUAGCUUGUCUGAGAAUAAAACGAACAAUUAAAAAUGCACCGUAAAGCUAUCGGUUUACGUUUUAUUGUUGAUUAAAUGCCACAACAAAAUUAAAUUAUCUUUCGUAUAUUCUUAGUUGGAAAAAUGUAGGUACUUGUGGAUGGAAUUGAGGUCAUUAACUUUCAUACAACAUGUCACGUAUUAUCAUUUUAUUUGAAUACAUACAACACAAUUUAAAAUUGUAAACCAUAUUAAUUAUACGUAAAAACAAUAGACAAGAAUGUCUUGACCUGAAUUUAUGAAUUAGUUUUGAUAACGCUUUCGUAUUUAUCAACUAAUUAAUAGUGUUAGACGCGCAGACGAGUACACAGUCUACCUAAUGUUAGGAGAUUGCGGGAGCCAAUAGAUAUUACAAAGCGAAUGGAGCUACCGGGAAGCAGGAUAAAUUUAAGAAGGAAAAGAUAAUCGAUAACAAUAUUACUAGAGAUGAACCGGGCAGUCAGUGUAGGAUCCCCUGCAAAUGUAACAGUGAUAUAAAAUUUCGAUACUCCUUUUCUAAAUUAUAUUUUAUAAAAAAAAAAAGUAAUACAAUAUUUUAGUAGUUCAGUAAUGCAUAAUUAAUUAUUACUGCUCAGCUAACAAAUGAGAACAAUAAAUACAUCGAAAUAUUAAGUGCCACAUAAUUGCCAAUUUACUAUUAAAAAAAACGUUUUCAUUGAAUUGACUUCAAAAUUUUACAUUUAAGGUUUUUUUAAUAAAAAAAAAUUGCUUCACAUCACGUAUUACCCCAUAUCAUUUACUGAUAAAUCAAGAUUUUUAUGUCGAAUUAUAAUUGUUUUUUUCUUGAUUCAAUAACAAGCCAUCUUCUUUAAAUGUCGCGUAAUAAUAUUUAUAACAAUUGUUUUUUGUUUUUUUUUGUGCUAGGAAUUAAUGUAAGCUUAUUUUUAUUACGAUCGAUUAAUCUUCUAAUGUAUUCCAUUAUUGUUAAGACACGCCAUAAAUAUGAACCUAACUUGUGACGUAUUGUAAAAUUUAUGUAUCUCACAUUCUAGGAUAGUUUAAUUAAUAUUAAAGUUACACAGAAUCCAAAGGUAGCCGCUUUAUAUUAGAAUUAAAGUGUACAAUUAUUUUCUACAAUACAAUAGAUAGAUAGAAAUAGUUUCUAGUCAAAAGGAUGAGUGAAUCUAGUCUUUUGUAAAGUAAACACGUUUUGUAUUUAGUCUAAAUUUGAAGUUUAGCACGUAAUUAUGUCUCUAAAUAGUUAAUCAUUUUAAUUAGUUUUAUAGGUACAUAAAAUGUACAGACGUGUAUAAAAUAAGAUUAAAAAACCAUAAUUUUUUUUUGUUCUCGUGUUUUAGAUUUAAAUCUGCGAAUCGUAAAAUUGUUUUAUAGCAUGCACUUUCCCUUAGUCGUACCAGCUAAUGAUAAGUUUUUCAAUUUGACAUUUGACGGAUGUUAUUAUUUAUUUAAGGCAGUACCUUACUGAUGGUAGGACUUCUUGUGAGUUCGCACGGGUAGGUACCACCACCCCGCCUAU